AUUGGCCAGGCUAGCCUUGAACUCCUGACCUCGUGAUCUUCCCACCUUGGCCUCCCAAAGUGCUGGGAUUAUAGGUGUAAGGGUCAUAUUAUUUCUAUAUAGCCAAAUGGUUCUUUUUUCCCCCAGAAUAGUAGGUAGCAAUAUGUGAGAUUAUUCCAAAACCUGGCAAAAUAAGAAUAUAUGCUUUUGGAUAAACAAACAAAACAAAUAAAUGUUGACCUAAAAUUGGAUCUCCUUCUCCAGCUGGAUCAAAAAAAGUAUAUUAAGGUUAUGGUCUGUCAGUAGUGUGGUGAUGCUGGUUGCUAGUACUGGGAGAGAGAGUAAUAAAAGCAUAGCUCCAAUUAAUAGUGGUGUCUGAUAUUAGAUACGGCUGGUGGUUUUAUAAUUGUAAUAAACUUAAAAUUAGUAGCUCCUAAAAUUGAUGAAACACCUGAAAAAUGUAAUGAGAAACUGAUAAGAUCUUCAGAGGCUUCUGCAUGUACUAUAUCAAGCCAUCUUGAGUUAUUUUAUAUGGUGAAAGCUAAGGGUCCAGUUUCAUUAUUUUGCAUAUAGCUAGCCAGUUAUCCCAGCACCAUUUAUUGAAUAGGCAAUUCUUUCCCCAUUGAUUAGGGCUCACCUGUUUUCUGAUGUCACAGUACUGCUGCUUCCUGUUGAAGGGGGGGCUCCCCUACAAGGCCUGUGUGAGUGAGUGUUGUUUCUGGUGGUGUCAGCUAGUUGGAUUGGUCUCACCUCAGGCCCUGGGGGAAAUGGUCAGGUACCAGCAGAGUUGGAAUGGGGCAGGUAGUUUCCCAGUUCCCAGGCCCCUCGUUGUCCCACUGGACAGCCUGUGUGAAUCCUAAAGGGGCUGGACUGCAGUCAGGCUAGCCCAGAGUUCAGGUGCUGGCUAUGAUGUGGGGAGGUGGGACAGGUUGGUUCCCAGGUCACUGGCCAAACUCUCAUGCAGGGUCCUACAGAACGCUUAGGUGGUGGGAGCCCAAGGGAAUAUUACAGGUAUGUGGGGGUUGGAUUUUCAGAAGGGCUCUGGUCUGCAGGUGAAAUGUUCAGGUGGGGACAGGGGAGCUGUGCUGUGGGCCUUUAACUGGAGAGGGCAGGACUCCUGCAAUGGAGACUGGCAGCUGCAGGGUUGCAAAAGUGCACGUGGCAUGUUUGCACUUCCCUUCCUCCCAAACAAUGCAGAACUUCACUGUUGGGGGCAUGCAGUGGUGCCAAGUACUAUCUGUUACGUCUGGGAGUUUUGCCCCAGAGGAACACAGCGCUGCAGCCCACCGCAGAGUUGAGGCGGAGGUGCGGUUGCUGUGCUGAAAGUCUGAGCUGGUGAGCCUUAGCCGCCUCAGAGGAGGUAGGGCAUGGGUUUCAUGGUCUGCUAUCUGGGAAGUUCCUUGCGGAAUGCGGAGGUGUGCCUGCCUGCACAGUUCAAGUGGGGACAGGGUCACUGUGCUGCAGCAUUCAGGCGGGGGCAGGUGGAGCUGAGCCUUGCCUGGUGAGGAGGGGCUGGGCAGUCUAACGGCUCCUCAGCACUGUGACUGCAGCCUCCACUGGGGCUAUGGCAGCUGGCACCAAGGUGCUGAGGGAUCUGGGACUUGUGGUGCUCCACAUGGGCUUGAGCAGUGCCUCUGCAAAAACUCUAGGUAGCUUUCUGUGUUGGUCUAGUGGUCCAGGGGUUGGGGCUGGGGGUUCUCCUGUGCCCAGGAUUACAAAGGUCCAUGUGGGAAGUCUGGCUUCCUUAGGGACUCUCACUCACUCAGUUUCACCAUGUUAGGGAGCUUCUCCCACUCCAAAUCAGUCCCAGGAAGGUACCUGCCUGGCUUCUCUCCUCUCUGUUCUCUGUGAGUCCCCUGGCAUCCAUGGUAAAUCCUGACAUUGUCUUUUAGACCAGUAGUCCCCAACUUUUUGGCACCAGGGACCGGUGUCAUGGAACACAGUAUUUUGGGGUGGGACGGGCACGAGAGGGGAUGGGCGGACGGGUUUUGGGAUGAAACUGUUCCACCUCAGAUCAUCAGGCUCAGUUUCCUCGCUCCUUGGCAAUCCCAGCACUGUCCAUCCGGCUGGUGCCCCCAUACCCAAGCAGCCAAGAGGACACCAUCCACAUUGCAUGCAUGGCCCCCGGGGACUUCCUGGGAGCGAAUUCCACACUGUAUCGAGGGGGACAGGUGGUCCAGCUCCUGCAGGCCCCACCUAACCAGUGCGGAGUGACAUUCAACCUGAGUGGCAGCAGCAAUGAGGCUCCAGGGGGACCCUUCCACUGCCAGUAUAGAGUGAUAGGCAAGCACAACCAGCCCCAGCUGUCAGACCUCAGCGAGCCUUUGAACAUAUUCCCAGUGCCCACUUGGAUCUUGGUGCUCUCCCUGAGCCUAGCUGGUGCCCUCCUCCUCCUUGCUGGGCUGGUAGCUGUUGCCCUUGUGGUUAGAAAAGUUAAACUCAAAAAUUUACAGAAGAAAAGAGAUGGAGAAUCCUGCUGGGCCCAGAUUAACUUCAACACCACAGACAUGUCCUUUGAUAACUCCUUGUUUACCGUCUCCCCGAAAAUGAUGCCAGAAGAAGACCCAGCCAGCUUGGAUGAUCACUCAGGCACCACCGCCACCCCCAGCAACGCCAGGACCUGGAAGAUGCCCACUUCCAUGUCCUCCUCGCCUGAGCCCCUGGAGUUCAGCACUUCCGGGCCUGCCAGUGAGGCUGAGGACUGGGGGGCCUCCUCUGUCUCCAGGCAUUCGGGGCCUGAGGUCCCUCCAGCCACUUCGGGGGGAGGGGGUCUCUGUUGGCUGCUUUCUCAGGGAAUUGGACAGGAAAUGAAGGGGAACCCUGGCCUUGGGAUUUUCAUCAUAGAGGACUGGGAGAGGGGGCACAGGUAUGGGCCUGGCACUGGACAGGCAACAAGAAGUUCCCCUCUCAUUGUGAUGUGAUUUAUAGAUAGAGAGACUAUAUGGCCAUAAUUAGUACAUUAGUCCUAUUUGGUUAAUGGCAAAAUUAGUUCAUAAAAAUGAUAUAAUUUCAAAUAAUUCUCCAUUCAGGUUAAUAGUUGACAGUAAGGCUAUCAACUGCUAACUCAUGCCUCCAUGUAUAACAAUAUGGCUUUUUAAACUUUUAAAGGUUAGAAGUAAUCUGUUGGCUUUAGGAGCCAAAAAAUUGGUACAAAAGGCUAGGUUAGUUAGGCUAGCCCAUAUAUAUCAUGUUUUUGUUAAAGGAAGUAAUGUCUGUAGUCUGAGAGCUAAUAGUACAGAUGCUCCUCAACAUACAUUGGGGUUACUUCUGGAUAAUGUCAAAAAUACUGUUAAAUCAUUCCAUGUAACCCCUUGGUAAGUCAAGGAGCAUACUGAAUAUUGUAUUGCUUUCUCACCAUGGUAAAGUUGAAAAAUCAUAAGUCUAAGUGUCAUAAGUUGGGGAACCUUGUGUAUGAUUUGGCUGUGGAUUUGUUCAUAGUUUCAAUUUGGGUUUUUUGUUUGUUUGCUUUUGUUUUUUGAGACGGAGUCUCACUCUGUCACCCAAACUG